GUCGACGCCGGCCGAGAGCGUGAAGGACGUUUACGGCGGUGACGCCUAAGAGCGUUGGGACGUUGGGGUUUCCGAGACUGCGCAGUGUGCAGGUCGGCCUUGACCCUUCGGCCAGGCUAGGGAGGGGAAGACGCUGCGAUGGGGGCGGCGGCGGCGGAAGCGGACCGCACUCUCUUUGUGGGCAACCUGGAAACUAAAGUGACAGAGGAGCUCCUUUUCGAGCUUUUCCACCAGGCUGGGCCAGUAAUAAAAGUGAAAAUUCCAAAAGAUAAAGAUGGUAAACCAAAGCAAUUUGCAUUUGUGAAUUUCAAACAUGAAGUAUCUGUUCCUUAUGCGAUGAAUCUGCUUAAUGGAAUCAAGCUUUUUGGAAGGCCCAUCAAAAUUCAGUUUAGAUCAGGAAGUAGUCAUGCCUCGCAGGAUGUCAGUUUGUCAUAUGCCCAGCAUCAUGUUGGAAAUUCAAGUCCUACUUCCACAUCUCCUAGCAGCAGAUAUGAAAGGACUGUGGACAUGACUCCAUCAUCACAGAUAAUUCAGAGGUCUUUCUCUUCUCCAGAAAAUUUUCAGAGACAAGCAGUGAUGAAUAGUGUUUUGAGACAGAUAUCCUAUGGUGGAAAAUUUGGUUCUCCACCUCUGGAUCAAUCAGGAUUUUCACCAUCAGUUCAAUCACAUCAUACUUUUAACCAGUCUUCAAACUCUCAGUGGCGCCAAGAUACACCAUCAUCACAGCGUAAAGUCCGACAGAAUUCUCAUCCCUACGUAGCAGAUAGACAUUAUAGCCGGGAACAGCGUUACAGUGAUCAUGGGUCUGACCAUCAUUAUAGAGGAAACAGAGAUGAUUUCUUCUAUGAAGAUAGAAAUCACGAUAGCUGGAGCCAUGACUAUGAGAACAGAAGAGACAGUAGUAGAGAUGGAAAAUGGCGCUCAUCUCGACACUAAGAAGUGUUCAAAAGACACUUUUUUAAAUAGGGUCAUUUUAGGCCCUUUAACUCAGUUGAUUUGCAAAUAAUUUUGUUGAAAACUGUACAGAGCUGCUUUAGAAGUUGACACAUUUCUUUAUAAAUUUUUAAAAACCUAGUUACAAUUUAAUACAGAAAUGAGAAGAAUUGUGGUUCCAGUUUUAUAAUAUUAAUAACCUUUCACCUCAGGGUUUUAUGAAGAGGAAAGGGUUUUAUGCAAAAGAAAGUGCCACAAUUCCUAAUCAUUUUAGACACUUUAGAAAGUGAAUUAUAUAGCUUGGUUGUAUGAUAAAGCAAAUAUUUUAAUUAUUUGUUAUCUUUUGUAUUGCAAGAAAUUUCUUGUUAGUCAGAUUUUGAUGUAUUGUAAUAGAAAACAAUCCAUGUUGACAGUCCGAAAUGGCUAUUGGCAUUUUGUUAAUAAGAAAACACAACUUUUCAGUGAUUCAUUUUACCAGCAUUUUAUUUGAGAAAGCUGAUUCAUAAAGUUUGGGGAUAGAUCAUAUUGCUUAACUUCUUAGAGAAUUUAAGUAUAAAUUCUGUAACAUGUUCUUGCGUUUUAUCCUAUUUGAACAUAAAAGUGGAUGUCUGCACAUAACCGUUUCAUUCUAAAAUUUUAGAAUUUCUUUAAAUCAUGUUUGUAUGACUGAAGUCACUCGGGAAAUUAAAUAGGUCUCCCUGUAUAUUUUAAAAUUUAAAAUACAGUAUUAGUGUAAAUGCCCUUUUCAAGUACAAAAAUUUCAGUGUAUGGUCAGAUAAAAUGGUAAAAUGUUUUACUAAAAGUUAUACUUUUUUGAAAGAAAAAUUCACAAAGCCUUUUACAUGCUGCCUCUGUUAGACUUUAAAAAUUUCAACAUUGUCAAAGUGUCUAGCACAUGUAAAGGACACAUUUUAUGGAGAUUGUACAUUUUGCUUUUGUUUGAACCUUUAAAAGAAAUUAUUCUUAACAUUUUCUGAUUUAAAAAGUUUAAAAUCUUGUUUAACAAAACUUUUAUGUAUCAAAAUAGUUUCCUUUUCAUUGAGAGUUUAUAAAAAUUCAUUCCUUGAAAAAUAUGGAUCCUUUUUAAUACCACAACAUUUGUACAAUGUUGCUUUAUAAUAUAUUAAAAAAAUAAAAGAGA